UACAGCCAUUCAUGUCAGCGAGCAGAAGGGCCGCGUAUCAUGCCGGCAGAUGGGACUUUAUAGAGGCGCUUUUAUUCUAUCGGAACGCGUUAAGGUGAGCUGGCCGGAACAGGGCGACGAUUCCCGUAUCAAAGUAACCCGCGAAUCUAAAGGCGUGAACAAUGAGCCGCACCGAGGAUGGCGGACAGCGGUACACACACCUGUGGGCGAGGCUGAGGCGGCAGUGGAGGAUGCUGGGAUUGUUUGAGAUUGAUCCCCAGCACAAGUAUUACAGCCUCACCUGCGUAAUGAAGGAGGAAUGAGCUGUCUGAAGAAGACUUCAAUAUGGAGGUCACUCAAACACACCAGGGCUUCCAGAUGCAGACCUUUGCGGGGCCGGUGUUCUCCUGCCUGCGCCGUUCCCUGGGCAUCGGCGAGAGGGAAUUCCAGCAGGCGCUGUCUCCGCAGGGCUGCUACCUGCAGUUCAUCAGCAACUCCAAGAGCAAAGCCAAGUUCUUCCUCACGAAUGACAAGAGGUUCUUCCUAAAGACACAGAGCAAACAAGAAGUGAGGCUCCUCCUGUCGAACCUGAGGAACUACAUGAAGCACCUGGAGAGCUACCCCCACUCUGUGCUCGUGAGGUUCCUGGGUGUCCACAGAAUUAAAAUUCUCCAUGAAAAGGAGAAAUACUUCAUCGUGAUGCAGAGUGUUUUCCAUCCCGACGACAGGAUUAUUGCCAGGUAUGAUAUAAAGGGCUGUGAGGUGAACAGAUGGACAGACCCAGCGCUGGAGAAGAGCCAGCGGGUCAUGGUGCUGAAGGACAAGAACUUUGAGGGAAACUUCAUCAAUCUUGGCCACCAGAGCUCCUGGUUGGUCCGCCAGGUGGAGAUCGACACGGCCUUCCUGCGGAGGAUGGACGUGAUGGACUACAGUCUGCUGCUGGCCUGCCAGCCGCUGCAGCCGGACGAGCGUGGGUGCUCCCUCGCCGUGCUCAUCCAGCGAGCCAAAAGGUCAGUGAGCGCAGGGUCUAGUCCCUCCCCCACAGAUCCUCCCUCUGUCCCGGGAACUGCCCCAGGGGACAUCGCCACUGUGCUGGUAUCAGAGAUGAGCCCUGAACACCUCUGCUGUGUCACAGGAGGAGAGGAACACGUUCCACUAAAGGAGCUUCCGAGACAGCCAACGGGGACCAGUGCUGACCCGGAACUGCAGGAGUUCUGGGCUCAGCACCGGCGCCUGCUGCCCGACUUUAAGAACCCGCUGCACGUCAUCGAUGGGCCAGAGCUACGCUACUUUGUGGGCAUUGUUGACAUUGUCACCGUCUACAACUUCUGGAGGAGACUGGGGUGCCUGUGGAAGUCCCUGCGCUACCCGGGCAAGACGUUCUGCACAGUGAGCCCCUCAGCAUACUCACGGAGGCUCUGCCAGUGGGUGCGGGAGCACACCAAGUAGGGCUGAGAUUAAAGCAGAGGAGCAGGGAGACAGUGGCAAGGCCUGCGGUGAAGGCAGAGGAUCAGGAACAUAGUGACAAGGAUGAUGGUGAAGGCAGAGGAGCAGGGAGACAGUGGCAAGGCCUGCGGUGAAGGCAGAGGAUCAGGAACAUAGUGACAAGGAUGAUGGUGAAGGCAGAGGAGCAGGGAGACAGUGGCAAGGCCUGCGGUGAAGGCAGAGGAUCAGGAACAUAGUGACAAGGAUGAUGGUGAAGACAGAGGAGCAGGGAGACAGUGGCAAGGCCUGUGAUGAAGGCAGAGGAUCAGGAGCACAGUGACAAGGAUGAUGGUGAAGGCAGAGGGGCUGGGAGACAGUGACCAGGCCAAUGGUGAAGGCAAAGUAAAUUCUCUGAAUGGCUGACAUUUUCACAGCCUUGGGCUGUGCCAAACUUGUGAUGGGGUGGACAGGCCUGUUGCGAUGUAUUUAAAAAUUAACCCGUUCACUUGCGGCAACAGAGAAACCAGCAAUGUACCUGCGACAUUGUAAAUAUGUCGUGUUGCACAGAAUUUUUUUGUGUGUAUUAAGUUCCCUCUUGUUUAUAGGUUUAACAAUUUUCCAAUUUCUAUGACGUAGCUAUACAUACACUGUUCAUAUACCAGGGUUCCCCAGAUCCGGUCCCGAAGGGCCAGUCUGCUACACAGUUUGCAGAUUUCCAUGCUACUAAACCUGGCAAUUAGCCAGUGAGCUGAAUAAGGUGUGUUUGAGAAGGGAAAUCUGCAAACUGUGUCCCAGACUGACCCUUCAGGACUGGAAUCGGGGAUCUCUGCUGUGUACCAUACUCACGUUAUCUGCACCUUUUGUAUUUGCUCAAAGGGAGCAUUUUUAGGAGACCGCCUCCCUCCACACUCUGAUCCAGGGUUGUCAUCAGGCUCUGAUUGGUCUAUACUAUGUAGCACUUAGUCACACAUCACAAAAGCUGAAUAGUCCGGUUUGCCUGCCCUGCGGUGGGCUACCCUCCGCCAUCCUGACUAAAUUAGCAGCUGCAGAAAGAAGGACACUAUAAUGUGCUGCUAUACUCUGCAUUUCUGAGAUAAAGACACUCCCUUAACACCAUGUUUUGCUUUCCUUGUACAAAUAAUAUACCGUACAGUGCAUACCCUGUGGGUUAGCUAAUAGCUACUCUUAACUUGAUUGGCCAAAAUAUAUUGGACAAAAAAUAAGUAACUAUUUUAUGUGAAGUGUUAGUAAUAUAGUGGUGGCUUCCAGGCAGUAUGAAGUAGGCUUGGUACCCGGCCAAUGCAGUGACCCUUUAGGGGGAUGUUGUGGGGGUCAGAUGCUUAGGCUCCUGUGCCUGUGAUAAGAAGGUUGCUGGUUCUAAUCCUGUCCUUGGUAGCAUAGUUACAUGUCCAUGGAACGUUUGAGCAAGGCCCUUAACCCCCCUGAAAUGUUUCAUCAGAACCAUCAGACCCAGAAUCUGGACCCAUGGCUUCACUCUCACCUGAGUGUGUGAUAUGUUACAUCACACGUCAGGUGGCAUAAAACUGGAAUGCAAAAACAUCUGGCCUGAAUUUUCAGUUUGAGUUGCCUGUCUCACUACUAGUCCAGUGAUUUAAAAAAAAAAAAUCCAUCCAUCCAUCCAUCAUUAUUCUAACUAAUUAUCCUGGACUGGGCACAGGGGGGCAUAGGGAUUAUUUCUCACUAAUUCUAUCGACAGUCUCAGUCAAGCAUGUUAAUUAAGAGUUCAAAUUGACCCAGAACCAACAAAGUAUAUUGACAGGAGCAGGAUUUAGAAAUCCCGACUUAUUGAACUCCUUAUAUGCUGUUCAGCCCAUUAUUUAAGUUCUUAACACAUAUUUAACCAUGCAACUUCAUAAAAUGCAGUUCUGUUACAGCGUAAAAAGUUGGGUGGAUAUGAAUAUCAAAACGGUAGUACUUAUAGUAGUUAAUGUUAGCAACGUGCGUAUUUUAAAGAAAUAAAAAGGACAAUUACAGUAUACAUACAUAUAUACUUGGAUAAUGUAUUAAUUUAAAUUAUGUCAUGAAUGCCAGUUAAUUUGUCUGCUCGUUAAAAGAUGCAACAGUACUUAUAAAAAUAUAAUUGUUGAAUUUCAUGUUGAUGAGUCAGUUGUGUGAUUAUAUGUUGCAUUCUCCCGUUGGAAUGAUGAUACACUAGGAACAACACAGGGCAAAAUAGGCAGGUUUGAUUUUAAAAAGGCUUCUUUUCUAUUAUUAAUGCGCCCAGUAGGAUUUACCAAAUCAAUAAACAAUUUGCAAUAAAACCGGUCAAGGCAUUCGA